UUUUGGAGUGGGAAGGAGGGGAAAGAAGGGAAGGGCCCCAAAAGAAAGGAAUAUGGAGAAAAGCAAAGUAAAAAGAGUGUAAAUGUGGGACAAGAAUGGGGUAUGAUGGCGCCUCAGCCUCAGCCACAGCCUCUGCCUCUCUCGGUCACAGUACUUGGCUUUCUGCACUCAACCUCUCAAAAACUUAAUUAAAUUGGUACUCCUUCCUUCUUCUUGUUCCUGUGAAAUAACACAUCGGUUGGAGAAUGUAACGAAACAUUUUCGGUGGGGAGGCGUUUCCCAUUGAAGUUGAGGUGUAGUUGGGAAAAGGGUUGAUGAAAUUUUGUUGCUUUUGUACACAAUUUGUGAUGUAAUUUUUGUGUUGAAGAACGGUGUUUUCGGUGGAACAAUGAUUUGGGUGAUCACGUUUCUACUUUUUUUGCUUUGGAGUGAUGUUUUUUGUUAUUAAACAAAGGGGGAAAAAGAGAGAAGAUGAAUGAUACUCUGCAUAAUGCAGUGCAAAAAUUGUGUCCUAAAUCUUUCCCCGUCUUUUUCCUCUCUGCAACUCUGUUUUAGGCUGCAUAUCGACACUGACACCCAACAAACCCGCUGAAACAGGGGACACCCACCACACUUACUUCUACUCCUCAUUCCAUUACUGAUUAUCAUAUCAAAAUCACACCCUAAAUCUAAUCAUUUUUGUUUAUGGGACCUCUUUCUCUCUCUGGGUUUUCAUGGUUUUCGCCUCACACACCCAUUUCAUGAGGAUUCACUGUCUGAAUCUUUCCGAUGUCCACAAUCGAAGACACCCACGUUGUCGCAAUGGAAGAAGAGAAAGAAGAGCGGCCUUCCCGGGUUUCUACAGCUGGGACUGCCGCUUCACCGGCGUCUGAUGAUGUGCGGCGGUGCUCGGUCCAGUCGAGUGCUGAGAUUGUGGGGGCGGCGGCGGUGGAGAAAAGAAGGGGAUCCUCUGUGUCGGAGUGCUCUGUUGAGAUGGAUCUGGAAUGUGGGUUAGGUGAGAUUAAGGUACAUUUGGCGAAAAUGGAGAGAGAUUGCCGUAUUUGUCAUCUGAGCUUGGAUGCUACGAAUCAUGAAUCUGGAAUCCCCAUUGAGUUGGGUUGUUCUUGCAAGGAUGAUUUGGCUGCUGCUCAUAAGCACUGUGCUGAGGCUUGGUUCAAGGUUAAGGGUGACAUCACCUGUGAAAUCUGUGGAUCAAUUGCACACAAUGUUACUAGUACUUGUGAAGCUGAUUCGACCGAGCAGUGCAAUGAGUCGAACGAUGGAACGACAGCAACCACUGCAGCUGCUGUCGUGGUGCCACCGCACUCUACAGAGGCUCGAAACUUCUGGCAGGGCCACAGGUUCCUGAAUUUCUUGCUUGCUUGCAUGGUUUUCGCCUUCGUCAUAUCAUGGCUAUUUCACUUCAAAAUACCCUCAUAAUGAAAACCACACUCGAAACAAAGGAGCAUCAAACCAAAAAGCUUGUCGAAAACUUCAUCCCUCAUCGUCUGCAACGACCGUGUCGUGGUUCGUAUACUCAUCUUCUGUUAAUAUGUAUUAGUUUUAGAGAACUGUGGAAGAAGACUGGUUUGUGUAUUGUAUCAUUGGGGCCUCGUGUUGUUUUAUCGUACUGAAAACAGACAGGUUGGAUCAAUGUUUGAAACGAUUCAGCUAGCUAGCUGGAUUGCCCAUUUUCUGUUC